AGGAAGAGGACAUUAGCGGUGAAGUAUUUCCGCCGAGAGAUUGCGUGGUGCGCAUGCGCUGUGCUGAACCUCUGUGAAAAUGGCGGCGCUGGCUGGAGGACGCCGAGUUGUUUUCAGAAACAGAGGACAAAUCUUUUAUAAUUUAUUUUCCGCGAGAGCAGCCUCCGGUUCCUCGCGGGAUGUGCUCCCCGGACCAUAUCCUCACACAGCAGAAGAGCGAGCUGCUGCCGCAAAGAAGUACAACGUAAGACUGGAGGACUACCAGCCACACCCUGAUAAUGGACAGGGCUAUGGCGAUUACCCAAUUCUGCCGGACCGCUCCCAGCAUGAGCGAGACCCCUGGUACCAGUGGGACCAUCCAGACCUGCGGAGGAACUGGGGCGAACCGAUUCACUUUGACUUUGACAUGUACAUCAGGAACAGAGUGGACACAUCUCCCAGCCCCGUUGACUGGUCCACCAUGUGCAAGCGCUUCUUUGGGUUCUUCACCUUCAUGAUGGUCAUGUUUGGCCUGGGGGAGAUGUUCCCUGCCUACCAACCUGUAGCUCCAAAGCAGUAUCCCUACAACAACCUGUACCUGGAACAUGGUGGAGAUCCUGAGAAGCAGUCAGAAGCUGUUAAACAUUAUGAGAUUUAAGAUUUUGUGUGAUUUACUUCUGUGUAUGUGCAUAAUAAAGUUAAAGCUAAACCUUUCA